CAGCAGAGCAAACUACGUCCAGCAGCAGGAUCAGAGGGCAGCUCCUUUCUCCCACAUGGCCCCCUCAGCUUGGGCCAUCUGCUGCCUGCUGGGGAGCCUCCUGCUCCCUGGGGGCAGCCCCAGCCCUGGUCCCAGCCCCAGUGUGCCUCGUCUGCGGCUCUCCUACAGAGAUCUCCUGUCUGCCAACCGCUCUGCCAUCUUUCUGGGCCCAAGGGGCUCCCUAGACCUCCAAGUCAUGUACUUGGAUGAGUAUCGGGAUCGCCUCUUUCUGGGAGGCCGAGAUGCCCUCUACUCCCUGAGGCUGGAUCAGGCAUGGCCAGACCCCCGGGAGGCCUUGUGGCUGCCACAACCAGGACAGAGGGCAGAAUGCGUCCGAAAGGGAAGAGAUCCUUUGACAGAGUGUGCCAACUUCGUGCGGGUCUUACAACCCCAUAACCGGACCCAUCUGCUGGCCUGCGGCACCGGAGCCUUCCAGCCCAUCUGCACCCUCAUCACAGUGGGGCAUCGAGGCGAGCACGUGCUCCACCUGGAGCCCAGCAGCGUGGAAAACGGAAGGGGGCGUUGCCCACAUGAGCCUAGCGGUCCCUUCGCCAGCACCUUCGUAGCGGGGGAGCUGUACACAGGCCUCAAUGCUGACUUCCUGGGACGUGAGGCCAUGAUUUUCCGGAGCGGAGGUCUCCGACCAGCCCUGCGUUCUGAUUCUGACCAGAGCCAGCUGCAUGAGCCCCGGUUUGUGAUGGCUGCUCGGAUCCCAGAUAACUCUGACCCGGAUGAUGAUAAGGUGUACUUCUUCUUCUCCGAGACUGUCCCAUCACCAGAUGGUGGCCCAGGUCAUGUCACCAUCAGCCGCGUGGGCCGCGUCUGUGUGAAUGAUGCUGGCGGCCAGCGAGUGCUGGUGAACAAAUGGAGCACCUUCCUCAAGGCGAGGCUGGUAUGCGCUGUGCCUGGACCUGGUGGAGCUGAGACGCACUUUGACCAGCUGGAGGAUGUGUUCCUGCUGUGGCCCAAGGCAGGGAAGAACCUUGAGGUGUAUGCACUGUUCAGCACCGUCAGUGCUGUGUUCCAGGGCUUUGCUGUCUGUGUGUACCACAUGGCAGACAUCUGGGAGGUCUUCAAUGGGCCCUUCGCCCACCGAGAUGGCCCUCAGCAUCAGUGGGGACCCUAUGUGGGCAAGGUUCCCUUCCCCCGCCCUGGUGUGUGCCCUAGCAAGAUGACCGCACAGCCCGGGCGGCCCUUCGGCAGCACCAAGGACUACCCAGAUGAGGUGCUGAAGUUUGUCCGAGACCACCCGCUCAUGUUCCAGCCUGUCAGGCCCAGGCGUGGCCGCCCUGUCCUGGUCAAAACUCACCUGGCUCAGCAGCUGCGCCAGAUUGUGGUGGACCGGGUAGAGGCUGAGGAUGGGACCUAUGAUGUCAUCUUCCUAGGGACCGAUUCAGGCUCUGUGCUCAAAGUCAUUGCUCUCCAGCGCAGUGGCUUGGCCGAGCCUGAAGAGGUCGUUCUGGAGGAGCUCCAGGUGUUUAAGGUGCCAACACCUAUCACCGAGAUGGAGAUCUCUGUCAAAAGGCAAACCCUGUACGUGGGCUCUCCCCUGGGAGUGGCCCGGCUGCAGCUGCACCAAUGUGAGACUUACGGAAGUGCCUGUGCUGAGUGCUGCCUGGCUCGGGACCCAUACUGUGCUUGGGAUGGCACUUCCUGUGCCCGCUACCGCCCCAGCUCGGGCAAGCGCAGGUUCCGUCGGCAAGACAUUCGACAUGGCAACCCUGCUGUGCAGUGUUUGGGCCAGGGCCAGAGCCAAGACAAAGAAGCUACAGGACUGGUGACCAGAGUCUUUGGCACAGAGCACAACAGUACCUUCCUUGAGUGCCUGCCCAAGUCUCCCCAGGCUGCGGUGCGCUGGUUCUUACAGAGGCCAGGUGAUAAGGAGACGGACCAGGUGAAGACAGAUGAGCGAGUUGUGCAAACGGAGCAAGGGCUGCUGUUCCGAAGGCUCAGCCGCUUCGACGCAGGCAACUAUACCUGCACCACACUGGAGCAUGGCUUCUCCCAGACCGUGGUUCGCUUCGCCCUGGAGGUGAUUGCCGCUGCACAGCUGGAAAGCCUGAUCCUCCGGGAGCCAAGGCUGGAGGAGCCCUCAGCCUGGGGAGGCCUGGCCUCUGCGUCACCGAAGGCUUGGUAUAAGGACAUCCUUCAGCUCACGGGUUUUGCCAACCUGCCCCGUGUGGAUCAGUACUGUGAGCGUGUGUGGUGCAGGGGUGCUGGGGAGCGCCCAGGCUCCUUCCGGGGAAGGGGAAAGCAGGCUAAAGGCAAGAGCUGGGCAGGGCUGGAGCUGGGCAAGAAGGUGAAGAGCAGGGUGCUGGCUGAGCACAAUCGGACUCCCCGGGAGGUAGAAGCCACAUAGAGGAUGCCUGAGGAGGGGGUGGUCAGGCUGGGCGGGGGGACUCAACAGCAUCUCCCUCCCACCCAGCUAGGGCAGAGGAGUCCAGGACACCUGAUUCCCUCUUAGAGGAAAUCUCUACCACCCACAGGAAAGGCUAGGAGCUGCUGGGAGGGACCUUGCACCUCAGCCUAUUCCCUGACCCUCUCUCUGUGCUCUCAGUCCCAGGCUGGAGCUGGUACCCCCUGACCACUUGUAGUCCCGAGGGGCCUGCUAUUUGUUCUCAGAGAUGGUGUGGCUUCCGGAGCUCAUUUCCGGUUGUGCCCAGAGGCAAGAGGGUUGGGUGGUUCUUUCCCAGCUUGCAGAACAAUGGCCAUUCUGAGUGACCCUCUGAGCGGUGUAUGGGUGGCUCUGAGGGGAUAUAUUGGCAGUCCACCAGAGGAGGGGAAAGUUAGCUUCCUAAGGUAGUACCUGUUAAGAAACACUGGCCCCAACAGAGGGGCGAAAGGAGGUGGAGGAGCUGAGGAAGUGGGGUAGCACUGUUUGCCUGACUCUGUGCGUUGGAAUCCAGAUGUUUCCCUGCCUCGGCCCACUACCAUCUCAUACCGACAGGGGCAGGGAUUGUUGGAACCUGGAGGCAGCCUGACCCCCCUUUUAAACCAGAAAGAGUCAUCUCAUAACGUGAUACCUUUUCCUAGGUCCCAAAUUGUUCGUCCAGGUUUGCUGGGGUGCCCAUACCUCACCGCUGGGGUCACUUCCUGCGGAUCAGAGGAAAGGUCUGUGGAGUAGAGAGAGGAAGAAGGCAGCUGGGGGUGGGAGUGUGAGGCAGGCACAGUCAGGCCUGUGAGGUUAGGAGUAGAUGCUCUGAGACCUGCAGCCAGUGGUCAGGAUCAGCAUCCUGGGCUUAUCUAGGGCUCCAAAGAGCUAGAGAGGGGUGGGUCCGUGAGCAGGAGUCCUCAGGAAUCAAAGUGACAUCAACUGGUUCAGGAACCACUCGGCAGGCCAGAUGUUUCUAAUCCUGGAGUCUCCGUUUUCUGCUGGAUGCAGGGUGGUCAGGGUGGUCCAUUUAAGACUCCCAUGUUUUAUCUGUGGUACUUGGCUUCGAAGCCGGAGUUUCAAGCAUGCUAGACAAGUACUCUACUCCUGAGUUCUAAGUCCAGCGCUCUCUUUCUCUCUCUCUCUCUCUCUCUCUCUCUCUCUCUCUCUCUGGGAAAACAUGGAAAAGAAAGCUGGUAAGAAUAGUAAAUCCUGCUGUUCUGGGAUGGGGAAGCAGAGCAGACCAGGGCACAUCUGGCCUGGGCUGUAGGGAGGACCUUUGCCUUCAGCAGUUUCUCCAGCUGGCGAGCAGAGAGGGGGAGGAAAACAAUUAAAUGAAAAAUUAUUCCCAGCCUGAGGGUGAGCAAGUUGGUGACGCACAAGAUGGACAAGAGGGCAAGUCUGAGAUCCCCUCUUUGAAAAGAAGGAAAAAGGAAAAAGGGUGGAGGGGUGGGGAGAGACGAUGAAACAGCAAUACAGAGCUUCUUGUUCUACUGAAAUUCAAACCGAGGACCUUGGGCUUAUCUCCUCUUUCCCGGUACCCCAGCGCGAGCACUGGGGACUGAACUUACACCCCAUUCUCCACUUCGUUCAUCUGGCAAACAGAAGCCCUGAAAUCCACCUGUCCAAAUCCACCUAUCUACCCUGUCUGUGGGUGCCGUCCCUUAGGAUGUUGGUGGAUGAACAAAGAGGACAGGAGUGGGUGGGAGCUGGAAGGGAGGAGGGUGGGGAGGGACCCUAAGGCAGAAGGCUGCAACCUUGCCCUCAGUGGCCUCUGAGCCGAGUCUAGGUUUGGUAAGCUUGGGCAGGGUCCUCUAGCGAAGAGGCCCUGGAAAACACAGGGAGAAGGACUCAAUAUCCUGAAUGACCUAUCCCUAUACUUGGGAAAAUAAGACAGCUCCUGCCGACUGCCAUCCUCCCAUGGUACUGUGCUACAAGCACCCGGAAACACCCACGUGUGUGAACUGUAUUUGUGUUAGUGUUUUGAAAUGGGCCUUUUGGCUUCUCGGUCUUCCAAGCAUGCUUAUUGAAAUUGCUAUUGAUAUUUUUAUUAUCAUGUUGCCUUUGAGCUCUCAUGAGGAAAGCAGAACCCAUAAAGAAAAAAAAUGAAGAAAUAUUUAUAUCACAUAAUUAUAUCAUGA